UUAAUACCAUCGGCCUGCACUAAUUAUGAAGAUGAGCUUCCAAGCUCUAGGGUUUCUUCUUUCUACUCUCGCAAUCAUCGCCCAUUCACAAGCUGCACUCCUUCAAUAUACGUUCGUCGUUCAAGAAACAAACUACACCAGGCUAUGCACUAGUAAGAACAUCUUGACCGUUAACGGAGAAUUCCCGGGUCCAACCAUCACCGCUCGCAGAGGCGACACUGUCAUCGUUGACGUUAUCAACGGGGGCGACCACAAUAUCACAAUUCACUGGCAUGGAAUUAAACAACCAAGGUACCCAUGGUCGGAUGGGCCGGAGUUUGUGACUCAAUGCCCGAUCCAACCGGGGGCCAAUUUCAGCCAACAGGUGUUGCUCUCCGAUGAAGAAGGCACACUAUGGUGGCACGCACAUAGCGACUGGUCACGUGCCACCAUACACGGCCUAUUCGUCAUUUUACCUAGGCUCGGAACUACUUAUCCUUUUACUCAACCUGAUGGAGAAGUCCCUGUCGUUUUAGGUGAAUGGUGGCAAAACGAUAUACAAACGGUGUUUGAAGAGUUCAGAGAUGGCGGAGGAGAUCCUGCCAACUCCGAUGCACUUACCAUCAACGGCCAACCAGGCGAUCUUUACAAUUGCUCCGCUUCAGAAACAACGAAGAUAAGUGUUGAUCAAGGAAAGACAUAUUUACUGCGAAUGGUGAACGCCGCCAUGAACAACCUGGCCUUCUUCGCCGUCGCCAACCACACGCUCACCGUCGUCGGAACCGACGGUGCCUACACCAAACCAUUCAGAUCCAAUGUCAUCACCAUAUCUCCCGGCCAAACCAUAGACCUCCUGCUACAAGCUAACCAACCUCGCGACAACUACUACAUGGCAGCCAAGCUGUUUAGCGGCCAAAGUAGCGCUGCAUUCGAUAAUACCACCACCACCGCCAUCGUUCAGUACACCGGAAACUUCACCCCCUCAUCCUCUUCGCCGGUUUUCCCUUUUCUUCCGGUGUUCGAUGAUCGGAACGCAUCUGCUAACUUCACCGGAAGUUUACGAAGUUUAGCCAGCGCUGAACAUCCCAUCGACGUUCCAUUGACGAUCAAAAGGACCCUUCUUUACACCCUUUCCAUCAACACAUUACCGUGCGCCGUCAACGCGACUUGCGAAGGACCAAAUGGCCGGCGGUUGUCGGCGAGCAUCAACAACAUUACGUUCGCUAUGCCAACAACGUCGGUUCUCGGAGCUUACUACCGAGGAAUAAACGGCGUAUAUGGAGAUGAUUUUCCAGAUGUUCCGCCAUUGAAAUUCAAUUACACGGCCACUGGUUUGAACAGGUCACUGCAGACUCCAGAUAUUAGGACGGAGGUGACGAUGUUGAAGCAUAACGAGACGGUGGAGUUAGUUUUUCAGGGAACAAACUUGGUGGCCGGAAUCGAUCAUCCGAUGCACCUUCACGGGCACAGUUUUUACGUGGUGGGUUCGGGAUUCGGUAACUUUAAGAGAUCAAGAGACUCGCUAAAUUAUAAUCUGGUAGACCCUCCAUUGAUGCAAACCAUUGCAGUUGCUCAGAAUGGCUGGACCGCCAUUAGAUUCAAGGCCGAUAACCCUGGAGUAUGGUUCAUGCACUGCCAUUUGGAACGUCAUGUGAGUUGGGGAAUGGGAAUGGUGUUCAUAGUACGAAACGGGAAGAGCGCCAACGCUAGGGUUUUGCCCCCACCUCCCGACAUGCCCCCUUGUUAAAACACUUGUUUUUGUGAAUUAUAUGAUCCGUACAUGUUUCUAAUUUGAAACAUUUUUAGGUUUGUAUUUAAGAAAACACGAGUGUUCUUCGAUUUUUUUUUUUCUGAGUUCCGUUCUCAAUUCUAAUAAUUUGGUUCAUUAGUUACCAAAUGUAAACCCAAUUAAGCUUCUGAGUGUAUUAUUCUUAAUAAAAGUUUGCUUCCGAUCAUUAAAA